AAUUAAAGAAUAUAAGUCUAAAAGAAUUGAAUGCACGCCGAAAUGGCCUCGCCGAGAUGUCCGGGUCCGCCACAGUGUAAAUCAUCAACACAAACCCGAACACGUGCGAGCCGUUCGCAUAGUGUGUACGCGCGCGCCACGCGAUAUAAUUAGUAUGUUUCUCGUCCCGAUGUAGCGCCGUCGCGUAAUAACAACACGUGUACUACAGCCGAUAACAGUAACGUGUAGCACAGACGACUCGGUACGAUUUUUAACGAGCAGCUGCUGCUGCGGAAACAAGGCGAAGAAGAAGGAAGACCGAUUUUUCGCGUACUUUCGCUACAAGCGGUGUGCUCGCGGGGAGCUAGUGGGAGGGGUGUGAGAGGCGAAUCUCCGGGUCGCGUGCCCGUCUCCGCGGUGUUGGCGCGCGCAAACGUCAGUCCGCCCGCGACAGCCCGUCCGCACUAUGUUCGUCCCCGCGCUUUGCACCAACGCGCGCAUUGGUACCGUCACCACCGCCGUCGGUGCGCCGUAGUGACAUUAUGACUGUACGCGGGAUAGCCGACGUCGACGUCACGAUCAUGGCACCACCGCUCCAGAAGGCCUCGACGUCGGCCGCGGAAGACGUGGUGGCCGUGGUUUCCGGGCGCACGGCCACCGGUACCCGGAGAAGUGUCCGCUCGCCGCCGGAAACCGUGGGACGCGAGAACUGGAGGUUGGCGCAGCACCAGGCUAAUGUCAAUAACAAUAACUCCGCUUCGGAGGGCGCCGCAGUGCAUAGUAUAUGUGAACUAACAGAACAAGAUAGUCUAGAUGAUAAUUUUUCACCUAUAAAUCGUAAAUUAGUGCAAAGAUCAUCUAAAAUGUGUAGAGGUUUAGAAGAACCAAAACUCAAAAGCAGUCGAACCCUAAUAAACCUCUUAACAAGUAAAGGGUCUGACAUGCUUCUACACACUGAAUCUUUUCACCAUUUUUGGGUGUCACUCAGUUCAUUAUACGGUAUAAUGCUGGUUAUCCUUAUGUUUGCCAUUUGUUUAAUAGAAGUAAUGGACAAUCCUGUACAAUUAUUAUCAAUUCAAGGAAUUUACCUCAUGUACUUGUACUUGGGAAGUAUAGCCGUGAUUAUAUGCAUUUACAUAUGGGUGUUAAUCGAUUCGUGUGUUAGCUUAACGUCAGACGAAUCUGAAAUCGUUACAUCUGGCUCAUCAUCACCAGGCGUCUUUACAUUAAAUCGCUUUAAUUCUUUGAAGCAAUUCAGCUCUUUAAAGCGAGCACAUAUAUCACGUUCGAAAACUUCAGAUACCAGUUUCUAUUUGAGAGUCGGAGCUUUGGUGUUUGGCUUAGGAACGCUCGUAUUCAAUGGCUUAGAAAUGGCCAUGUACUCAAUGAUGGAUAUAAGCUGUCUAAACGAUGUCAUAUUCGUGCAUCCUGUUCUACACGGACUAUUUACAUUUUUACAAAUGCAUUUUCUUUUCAUAAACUCACAGGUAUUGGUAGAAAAGUUUGGCCUUGCGGCCAGAUUCGGAUUCAUGCAUUUAGCUGCUACAAACAUUGCUUUAUGGGUGCGAUUAGUAAUCUGGGAAAGUGGUAUUGAAUGGAUUUACUUCAUCCAUUUAGCACAAACAUCGAACAUUAUAGGUAUGCCGACAACGACUUAUGAAUCUGACAUUCCUACACCCUUACAGCUGCGAGGAUUUCCCAGGUUUAUCACAACAAGACACACACGAGAUAUUAAUGCAGAUUAUAACGGGACAUUGAAAAAUACAGUCUACCAGCCGGUGUCCGAAAAUCAUGUGGCACAAGUAGUAACACUCCAUCAAUGUCUAAACACCAAUUCGCUGGGUCAAUUGUUGACUUCAUCCAUGCCAUAUCUUUACCCGUUCAUCGUUCAGUUUAGUUUGAUAGCUGCCGGAGUGACGUACGUGAUGGGACAGAACGUGGGCGUUUUUCAAACAAAACAGUCGAAACGAGAGCCGAAGCCGUUGACGAUGUCCAAGGACCAGAAGGACGCUCAACUGAGUCGGCUGUACGUGUCUCAGGGCACGAGCUUCUCGGGCGCCAACAAGGGCUUGUUCCUCGGCUUGUUGACAUUGGUCAUGGUGAUCGUGGUGGUUAUCAUAUUUCUGGUGGUCAAAGAUGACACGGACUUCGCGUCGGACACGCUGUUCUGGAUGACGUCCACCACGCUGGCCGCAAUUUUGUCAACUGGCACGCUCUUGGGCUGCGUAGGCCUAUAUCAGGUGCGCAAGCUCUGCCACAACGGCAACCGGCUGGCCACAUUGGACUCCAUGUUGGCCACGGUGUCCAGCGCCGGCAUCAUCCUGUACGCGACGUUCAGCAUAAUGGUGGGCGCUGUCGGCGCAGCGACCUCAACGCCUGGCAGCUCAGAACAAAAAGUGGACACCAUGUUGACCGCCGUCAACGUGCUGCAACUCGUGCAAGUAGCCGUCCAGAGCUCACUGACAGCAGAAACGUACAGGAGGAGCUCUUGGUCCAGGCAUCAAUUAUUCACCAAACCAGGGCGUCAGAUUAUCACCUAUUUGUUGUGUAGCAAUAUUGCUUUGUGGAUGUUUGAUUCGUUCAUUACGCAGAGCUGGAUAAGUCAAGAACGGCAAUUACGUUUUAUGGGGUUACUGUCCUGGGGACUCUUGUCCAGGAUAUCAUUGCCACUAGUAGUUUUUUAUAGGUUCCAUUCGGGAAUACUUUUGUUACAAAUUUGGCAAAAUUCAUACAAAUGAUAUCUAUGCCUGAAAUUUUUAUGUUUGUAGUUUUAAUAAUUUAUGAUGUGCAAUAUUAUAUUUAUUUUCGUUGAAA